UCGGUAGAAUUACGUAAACCACGCACUACCAAAGUCAACGUGAUCGGUAGCAGCGGCAAUUCUCUCAUAGUCGCAGUCGGUCAUCGUGUGAUAUUCGAGGCAAGUGGAUUUUCCUUUCGCUCUCCUGUGAUGCCGAUCAAUUGCCUCUAAGCCGCGAGUUUUUAUACAGCGAAGGGUCGAACUUGCCAGUGAUUAAAAUGUGGGGCAGUGUGUUUGUGACGUUUAUUUCGCUAGGAAUAGUAUGGAGCUAUAGUCAAUCAGCACCCUGGGUGGCAACAGAGUUCGGCAUCUACCAAGGAGUCUGGGCUGAAACUAACCGGGAAAUACCCAUUGCCAGUUUCCUCGGGAUUCCUUACGCCAAAGAGCCUGUUGGCCGUCUGCGAUUCCAGAAACCAGAACCAUUUGAGGAUCACUGGCGAAACAGACGAAAUGCUACAGUAUACCGUGGACCCUGUUUAUCAUUGGAAGUAUCCGGGCAAGGGAGCGAGGAUUGCCUAUACUUGAACAUAUUCACCCAACAAAAAUUCCAAAACUCCAGGAAAGAGUUAAACAAAACGAAACGGGCCGUAAUGGUGUACGUCAUUAACGAUAUCUUCGGAAAUAACAAUAAUUCGCUCUAUAAGCCAGACGACCUCCUCGAACACGACGUAGUUUUGGUCACCGUAAACUAUCGUCUGGAUUUUUUUGGCUUUUUCACCACCGGAAACGAGGUUGCCCCGGGUAACUACGGCCUGAAGGAUGUCUUGGAGGCCCUCCGGUGGCUUCAGAGGAACAUAGCGGCUUUCGGGGGUGAUCCGAACAGAGUAACCCUGAUGGGACACGGUCUGGGCGCUGGUGUUGUCCACUUGCUGGCCCUCUCGGAGAAAUCUGAAGAUUUGUUUCACAGAUACGUGACUCAGAGUGGAGCGGCUCAUAUGCCCUGGUCCUACCGCUCUAGGUCCUCGGCGGUAAAUGCGUCUUUGGACUUUGCUGCAUCUUUAAACUGCACCCGAGAAACCAUGUGGGAAAUAGUGGAGUGUCUGCGGAACAUUAAAGACUUUACAAGCGAGGAAAUCGACCGCGAGAUAUUCAAAGGAUGGAAUAGAUUCGGCCCUAUGGACGAGCUCGAAUCCGACGAGGCCGUCGUCACUGAUCAUCCGAUAACGCUCAUGCGAGAGGGAAAAGCUCGCGAUAUUCCAUGGCUAACCGGCGUUGUUGCUGACGAAGGCCUCAUGCUAACUAUUCUAUUUCUCAAAAACGAAUCACUGUGUCACUGGGAGGUAACGGAAAACUUUGAGGAAAUCGCCAAUGCUGUAACAAACUGCAAAUACUCUGUGAAGAACACGACCGCAUACGUAGAUGAGCUGUUAAAUUUCUACUUCGGCAAUAAUGUAACCAUUAAUUGUUCAAGGAACUUUAUCGAGUUCGCUGGAGAUGCCGUGGUCAAUUGGCCGGUUUACAACGCAGUAUCGAUCCAAUCAAAACACAUGACGUCCCCUGUCUAUUUUUACAAAUUCAACUAUGGCGGCACCUUUACUGCAAGUCAAGAUUACGGUUAUCUUGAAAAUCCCGGUGUCAGCCAUGAAGAUGAUUUAAAUUACCUGUUUUCCUUGCUCAACGAAUUAUACGCAAGCGAGCUGCAGCUGAAUGACACUGCAAGCGAUAGCUCAAUGAAAUCCUAUGUUACCGAAAUGUGGACGAACUUCGCGAAGAAUGGAACCCCCAUUCUGAGGUACAUGCCUGAGUGGAAGCGUUACCAGGAUGGUCAUGGCUAUAACGAGUUCACAGGAGGUCCAAAUUUCACAAUGCAGGAUGAUUUUUUCCCGCCAAGAAUGAAUUUCUUAACUGACCUAAAUGAUAAACAAUUAAUAAUACCAAAUAAUUCCGAAGAUCCAAUAUGUUGCGGUAGUGGGCGGGCCAUGGGACCUCAGUGUCUUUUUAAUACCGCUCUCGUUUUGCUGCUAGAUUAUUUGAUAGCGGUUAUUUUCGCGCGCUGAUAAAACAGGGCCAUGAAAACCGUGUACAAUUGGUUCACCACUGCGAGAAAAACAAAGGGAUGAACUUGUAAAUAACGAAUGGAAUAAUGUUUAGAACCGUAUAAUGUAUAUGAGGUGAAAUGUAUGCUCCACCUAUAAAUGUAAGACGUUGCUUGCUUUGUUCGUUGUUUUAUUCUUAUACAUAGUUGUUGCUAAAUCAUACAUGUAUA